AUGCGGUCCCUCUUCAUCGCCAGUCUCAUGGCCGUCGCCGCUCGUGCCUCGAACCAAGGCGAGAGCGGGCUAGCAGUGGGCACGGGCAUUGAGAUGUACCACUUCGCAGUCGCCGUCGCGCUUUGCUGCCCACAAGGCGUCAGGUGUGGAACGGAAGCGGAUGUCGUGUCGGCCAUCGAGGCACUGAACGCAGAGUUCGAGCCCUUGCGCGUCGACUUCGAGCUGGCAAGGCUGCACAAAUUUUCCGAUGUCGACUGCCUGCACACAAAGGUGAAUGAACAACAGGCGGCCGAAAUACUGGCCAGGGUACACGUCGGUGGCUCAUCCACCCUCAACGUCCUCUAUCUGCCGACCGCAUUGGAAAUAUAUCUUUCGGGGGGCUAUGCCAUUAACCCCCCGGAAGACCCCCAGCUUCGCAUUGACCAAAACUUAGAAAAGAUGGAUGGAGUUCGAAUCUCGAUGAACAACCUUUACGAUUGGAAGCACAAGGAGCACGGCAAGAUCGACCCGAACCCACAUCUCCUCCCUCACGAGGUUGGCCAUUGGUUAGGCUUGGGACACGAUAAAUUUACUAUUGCCAACUUGAUGCACCCUUCCGUCGGCCCGACCUAUAUGGUCGAUUACUGCUUUCGAAGUGACCAGGCAAGCCAGUUGCGCACCAUGGCGAGAAGGAGACUGGCCGAGGAAGUGGUUGCUAUCAUGGUUCAGGGGGUGAUGGAGAAGGGCGACGAGAAGGCGGAGGAUGAGGAGUCGCAAUUGGUGACGGCCGAGGAACCAAGCCUGGCGUUUCCGCACUCGGCCGAUCCGCCGCGCCGAUUAUGA